UCCGAUCGGUCCCAUUUCACGAGCGUGCGCCUAGCGUGUGUCUUCGCGAUUCUUGUGUUGUUUUCAUAAAGUGAAGAGCCACAGCUGGUUCUCUUUUUGUGUACGCAUUUAUUGUAGGCUGUGUAUUGUGUUUAUUAGUGAAAACAUCUCCAACUUAGUGAUUCCGACGUAAUGACUGUGAAUGUGAACAGAAACGGUAAAAUCCCCGCGUUUGCGUUUCCUAAACAGAAGAAUGAUACGUGACAGUAUUUAAAGGUUUUGUUUUCUGUUUAUCCUUUGCGUUUCUCUUGAAACUGCACCAGGCUCUGUCACCGGACGGUGAAGUGUGCAUUCAAUUCUGAAUUAAUUACCAAGCCACAACAAUGCCUAUAUUCUCCGACUUGAGCCUCUACUAUUGCGGCUCCUCAACGCCCCUUCCCCCUUCCUUUUAUAGUAAUCACGUUUCGUCAUUUACCUCACCUUCAACAAGCUAUACUCCAAGAGGCGGAGUAUAUUCUGGUUAUUCUAGUGGUUUCUCUCUCCUUAAUCUUUCCCCCCGCCUACUGCCCAUGCCUCCACGAGUCAACAAAUAUUCACCUCUUUUACCUACAAUCUCCGAAACGUCGUCGUUACCUGCCUUCCCUCUUCGUCCUCUGCCCCGCAUCUCGUCACCUAGGGUUGUUCCUGCUUACAGAGCUCCUAGACCGAUAAAUAUCGAUACUGCUGAUAUCGAUGUAUCAACCCCUCGCAAAAGAACUGAUAGAAUCUCAAGAGAUCGUGAUGAUUCCCAGCAAGGUACAAUAAAAAGGGGAAGAACUGUCGUGCGUCUCCACACCAAGCGGUUAAAAGAGAAUCCGGGACUUGUACAAAACCGGAGAAUGACACCAGGUGAAAAAUUGGUUGAAAAGUUUUUGAUCAAGGAUAAACAGACGGAACAAGCGAAACGGAAAGAAGGUGAAACAGAAGCGAGCAGUCCGAAACAUGUGCGAAGAAGUUGUGAUGUACAAGAAGGGGAAGAUGAACGCUCUAACACUUCCAGAAGAAAAAGUGUUAAAGAUCUAGAACGCUUGAUUGACUGUGGUGAGCCGGAGAGGAUCUCCUCGAAGAAAGAGCUGGUUGGUGGUGGUGAGGUGCAGGAUGUGAUAACAGUGACACAGUCGGAGGCUCUCGAUUUGUUAUUAUCUGAGACGGACAAUGAGACCGAAAUUAUCUCAACGAAACCCGGACUAUCACCAGAGCCGCCACCGGGCGAAAAAUACGUAUCUGUGAAAGACAAACAGAAGUCACAGACGGUAAAGAAGAGACCAAGAAAACGAGAUAAGGGCUCUACAAUAAAACGGUUUGAUCAUAACGAAGCUCCGGUAAGUCAAGCACCAGCAGAGAAAUCUUUGCUACAAAGAAGAAACACUGUGAAGAAGCUCAGAAGAAAUUCUCGGGACAUUGAAUCACUUAUAUUAGCCAUAGAUGAGAGAGAAAGCUCAAAGCUGUCCACCCCUGCUGGCCUAUUGCCUAUGCCAGCCAGUACAAUAACAUCGACACCAACUACGUCGACAACAUCAACACCAAUUAAUUCAACACCGUCAACGCCAGUAACACCAGUAGUCGAAACAUUGCCGUUGGAUGUGAGAAGACCCGUUGUUUUUGAAUCACAGUGUUCGAACAGAGACAUGUACCCAUUCAAAACGAAGGUCAGUGACCGGAAAUCCGAGCCAAAUGUUUCGAAAAUAGUAUCGGCAGAAAUUUCAGUUGAAAAUGCCGGUGACUUAAUUAAAAAAAUGCCACUUAAGUUUGUAGUAGACGAAAUCAAAGUCGAAGAAACUCAGAAAUCACCGAAAUUGCUUCGUUAUGAAGUUACUGUGGAAGAAGUCGGUAAUAGUGAAAUGCCAUUCCAGAAAGACGAACGUGCAGAACGCUCAGAACUGCUUGAUGAGAGUACAUGUGACUCAACAAUAAAGCAUGGCUUGAAGCCAGCGGAAAGUGACGUAACAUAUAAUUCCGCUUCUGUGCCUAAUCGAAAAGAAGAGAGCGAAUUUACUUUUAAUCGGACACACGAGUCGCAGAAGGCAGAGAUCAUUCCUGAAACUGUUCCAGAAGUUGAAGUUUCACUUAGCAACAUUGCUGAAAGCAACUCGAAACAAGUUGAUAGUCUUUCCUUUUCACCAGAUAUUAGAUAUAAUGAGAAAGGAAGAAACCAACAGGCUUUAACGGCAGGUUCCGAAAUGACUGAUUUUCCAAGUCUCGUACAUAUGUAUUCUAAACAAGACGCUGACGGUGAUUCUGGAUCAGGAAAGGACGGAUUCGAGAAUGAAGAAAUAAAGUACACAGCUUCAGAAUGUGAUACAAAAGCAUCACCAACUGAGAAAGAAUUCAAUCAAGUUGAGAUUCUGAAGAACACAACACCAGUGAAUAAAUUCACAGUACAUAAAGAUGUAACAGGAACACCAAAGGCUCAACAUAGAGACAAAAUUGAGAAAGACACUUCUAAUAAAAAGUUGAUGGAAUAUUUAAAAAUAACAGAAAGAAACUCUUCAAGUCAGAGACCUGAAAUCCCUUUAACGUCUGGUCAAAAGAACGAACAGUGUAGUAUUCCAGCAUGGAAAAAAGCACUGAUUGCAAGAACUCAGGCGAGCAACGCCAGUAAAGCCCAGAGUCAAAUUGGCAUGCAACAAAACUGUCAGUUAAGCCCUGUAUCACAAGUUUCCAAUAAAGAUAAUACGACGACAUCGAACGAAAAAACGCUUAAAGCCAUUGUUGAAUCUCGCAAUGAAAACUGUGAAUCCCUUCUUCAGGAUACAAAACCACCCGCCAUACUAUCCACAGAAAGCUGUUCCAAUAUCUCGGAGCCCGAAACAACUGAAGAAGACCAAAUUGAAAACACCAAGUCUGCAGAUGCGGAUUCUUUGUGCGGGAAUUCUAGCCCCGAAAAAGCAGCGCUGCAGUCCGCCAAGUCAGAUCCAGCAGAAAAACUAGAAAUUCAAGUAACAGAGGGAAAAAAAUCCGCUGAAGCACUUUCAGCAGAUCAAAAUGUAAAACAUUUCGGAAAAGCUGAAGCAGAGAAUUUGAACAAUGCUGCAGUUGGUUUAUAUUCAAGUAAAGAAAAGAAAAAUGCAGACGAAAGACAAAUAUUGGAAAACAAACUGAAACCUAUCCAACCGCUGUCCGCAGGAAAUGAUAAGUCAGCGGAAACAAAAUUAGAAAGUGUCCAACUAAAGCAUGCUGAAAGGACACACGUUGGAACGGCAAAGGCAACUGAAGCGACGCCGAAAGAAAAUAAAGCAAAGCAGCCUCAUGCAACAGUUGCAAAUGGGACGAAAGCUGGCGAGUUGGAGAUGACAAAGGGUAAAUUGAAACCCCCUCAAAGGUUACCUGAACAGAAGUCGCCACCUAACAUGAAUCUGUCAAAAUGUGAAACAAUAUCAGAGACUGUUGGAAUUGAAACAUUGGCCGCUAAAUUGAAACAUGUAGAGAAAAAGGAUGUAAAUGAACCAAAAACUACAAUAGAACCACCUGUCGGAAAGAAGGUGACAACUGAAAUAAAACCAGGUGGUGAGAAAACAAUUCCUGCAGGAGAAUCUCCUGUAGAGGAGUUAAUGUCCACUGAAACUGAAAUGCCGGCAAAUUCACCGGCUUCCGUGAGAGACGAGGAGAGGGGUGAGGAACCACGAAAUCCCGAGCUGAAAACAUCGGCAGUUGAAGAAGAACUUGUCGGAAGGUCAGCAGCGUCUGUUGGUACGAAAUUGAAAGACUCGAAACCUGUGCCUGCAGGAAAUGAACCUAAACAAACAAAAACAAAUCCACCUGAAAAGAAACUCAUGCCAGUCAACGCUGAAGUCUCGAGUCACCUGAAGUCAACUGGGACGCUCGCAGCGGAAACAGGAAAACCCUGUGUGACGUCAGUAGUGGAGGAGCCAGAUUCUGCAAGUUGUGCUGCAACUGCUGAACCUGAAAGCAAGGAUACCGCCGAGGAGAUCUCAUCAGAAGAUGAAGCCGACUCUGAAGAGGAAACGGAUACCGAAACUGAUGAUGAUGGUGAUGAUGACGGUGAGGAAGUGAGACGACUGUCUCAACGCGCAAGUACCUCCUCGUCGGAAGACUCCGGAUUUGACAGCCUUCCCACUUCCGUUCCCGGUAGCCCAGCUUAUUAUAAGAAGGACCCCAACAUCAAGGACUGCGAUGUGAAUUGUCACAAGAAAUGCGAGAAGCUGAUGCCCCAUCUGUGCGGUGUCAACCAGAAACUCGUUGUCGAAGCUCUGACCUCACUAAAGAAAGCUGCCUCAUGUAGCAGUGGAAGCAGCACUGACUCUGCUAUAUCCAGCGCAACCCUGAGCAGCAGUUCUACACUAGGUCUUGAUCCCUAUGAUGACCACAGUCCUACCAGCACACUUGCCAGGAGUGGUCGUGUCACACCACCUGCAACCACAAUUCCACGGUUCAGGAAAUACACAGUAGAAGACUUCCAUUUCCUUAAAGUUCUUGGCAAAGGCAGCUUUGGAAAGGUUCUGCUCGCAGAACUGAAAGGCACUGAGUGCUAUUAUGCUGUCAAGUGUCUCAAGAAAGAUGUGGUGCUGGAAGAUGAUGAUGUAGAAUGCACGCUGAUAGAAAGGAAAGUCCUGGCACUGGGAACAAAACAUCCGUACCUCUGCCAUCUUUUCUGCACCUUCCAGACUGAGUCUCAUUUGUUCUUCGUGAUGGAGUACCUCAAUGGUGGUGACCUGAUGUUCCACAUACAGCAAACUGGGAGAUUCCCUGAGCAGAGAGCCAGAUUCUAUGCAGCAGAAAUAGUCUCUGGGCUCAAGUUCCUUCAUAAGAAAGGUGUGGUGUACAGAGAUCUCAAACUGGACAAUAUUUUGCUUGACUUUGACGGCCAUGUUCGCAUAGCUGAUUUUGGAAUGUGUAAACUUCAGAUCUACCUGGACAGGACGGCAGAUACAUUCUGCGGAACACCUGAUUACAUGGCCCCAGAGAUUAUAAAAGGACUAAAGUACAAUCAGUGUGUGGACUGGUGGUCUUUUGGGGUUCUCCUAUAUGAAAUGUUGAUCGGUCAGUCUCCCUUCAGUGGCUGUGAUGAAGAUGAUCUUUUCUGGUCUAUCUGCAAUGAGCAGCCACAGUAUCCCAGAUUCCUGUCACGAGAAGCCAACAGCAUACUCCAUCUGUUCCUGGAAAAAGAUUCAUCUAAGCGGCUAGGAACAAAUGGGAGCAUGGCAGGAGAUGUGGUGGACCAGCCAUUCUUCCGGAAUAUUGACUGGAAUGCUCUCGAGCGCCGUGAGCUAGAACCACCAUUCAAACCCAGAGUGCAACACCCACUGGAUGUUCAGUACUUUGACAAGGCGUUCACAGCAGAACGAGCCAAACUGACACCAGUGCAAAAAGAAAUAUUACAAUCGAUGGAUCAAACACAAUUCCAAGGUUUCAGUUAUACUAAUCCAAAUGCAACAGACUGAAGUGGAAUCCAUUAUUUUAGUCUUGUUGGACUCAUUAGUCUCGUUGACCACUGACAGGUGGUCCUGCUGUUGAGACUGACCUCUUCUUCCACACUAGAGUGAAGGCAGAAACUUGCCCUUGUCUUGUCUUAUCCUUCAAUUCAUGCUCUACUUCAACCAUAUUGGAACGUACAUAUACACAGCAUGAGCAUUAUGAAUAUAUCUAUUUUCCUUUGUAAAAGUCGCUAUGAAAUACUGUAAUGUGUUUCAUAUAAUAUAGGAAAAUCUAGAAUAUUUAUAACAUUCAUCAUAAUCUCCACAUUCUUUGGCCAAUUCAGUGGUCAUGUGUGCAGAAAUCAGAUAAGAAGUGAUGUUCCAGUAACAGCACUUGGUGCGUAAAUAUUCAGGGAAGUUGAGAACUGUUACAGACAGCAUGAUUUCUUCUGACUUAGUUUAAUGUCCAGCAGGUGAAUGUUUUGGGCUGAUAGAUAUGAUGGUUAUUGUAGCUACAUAAUGUUGAAGGGCAUAAUUCUUUCUUUUACAUGCAGAAUCUGGGAAAUUUCUCCAGUCUGGUAACCACAUCCUAAAUUGAAUGGUACUAAUGUCUCACUUGUAAUGCUGUAUAGUCUAGUAGAACUUCAGUGAUGUUUAGAGGAACAUACUGCCUUCGGUAGCCGCCUAUGCCUUGCAGGCUACAUUCUUGGAUAUCUCUUGGACCGUGAAAAUAAGGGCAAAAUAUGUAUCAGACUAUAUGGCAUUACAUCCCAAAUAUGUUGUGAGAAUCUCAAAUCCAACAAAUUUUGAAGUAUUAUUCUCAAAUUAUAGUAAAGGUAAAGUUAUCCUGUAACAGGCCGUGGAGACCCAUAGGGUUAUGAGAGGUUGAGGCUUCACGUCUUCUAGACAAUCAGCUCACAGAUGGCGGUAAGGUUGUCAGCCUUACUGUUAGGGACAGAGUGGAUCACAGGGUCAUAGUGCAGCUGGAAGGAUUAGGUAAAUUGAAAAAAUCCACCUCAUUGGGACUCGAUCCAGCGAACUUCCGGCUUGUAGCAUAGUACCUCAACCAACUAUGCUACUGUGUACCCCUCUCAGAUUAUAGUAUGGAAUAAAAAUUGAUAUUAUGUUCACAUAUGCAUGUUUUUUCAACCUCCAUAAUUUCAUAGACUACAUCAAAUAUAAGUAACAGCCUCAAAAUUAAUUUGAUGCAACAAAAAUUAUCUCAUACUGUACUAUAUUUUUUAUUGCUAGUGGGGUGGGACUAAGUUCCUUGUACUGCGGCCACAUCUGGCCUAUUG